AUGUCGUGUCGGAACAUCGUUCAUCGUGAUCUAAAAGCUGAAAAUUUACUUCUGGAUGCCAAUCUGAAUAUCAAAAUAGCAGAUUUUUGUUUCAGUAACCUCUUCACCCCUGGGCAGCUGCUGAAGACAUGGUGUGGCAGCCCUCCCUGUGCUGCACCUGAACUAUUUGAAGGAAAAGAAUAUGAUGGGCCCAAAGUGGACAUCUGGAGCCUCAGAGUUGUCCUGUAUGUGCUUGUGUGCGGUGCCCUGCCGUUUGAUGAGCAGAAUCUGCGGGCCUGUGUGCUGAGUGGACAGUUCUGCAUCCCAUUUUUUAUGUCCACAGAAUGUGAGCACUUGAUCUGCCAUAUGCUGAUGUUAGACCCCAAUAAGCGCCUCUCCAUGGAGCAGAUCUGCAAACACAAGUGGAUGAAGCUAGGGGACCCCAAUCCCAACUUUGAUAGGAUAAUAGCUGAAUGCCAACAACUAAAGGAAGAAAGACAGGUGGACCCCCUGAAUGAGGAUGUCCUCUUGGCCAUGGAGGACAUAGGACUGGACAAAGAGCAGACACUGCAGUCAUUAAAAUCUGAUGCCUAUGAUCACUGCAGUGCAAUUUACAGCCUGCUCUGUGAUCGACGUAAGAGACAUAAAACCCUGCGUCUUGGAGCACUUCCUAUUCCUAGCAUGCCCCGAGCCAUGGCCUUUCAAGCACCAGUCAAUAUCCAGGUGGAGCAGGCAGGUACCGCUAUGAAUAUCAGCAUUCCCCUGCAGCUGAUCAAUGUAGAGAACCAAAUUGUGGAACCAGAUGGGAUACUGAAUUUGGACAGUGAUGAGGGUGAAGAGCCUUCCCCUGAAGCAUUGGUGUGCUAUUUGUCCAUGAGGCAGCACACAGUGGGUGUGGCUGACCCAUGCAUGGAAGUUAUGGAAGAUCUGCCGAAGCUCCUACCUGGCUUUCCUGGAGUCAACCCACAGGCUCCACUCCUGCAGGUGGCCCCUAACAUGAAUUUCAUGCAUAACCUGUUGCCUAUGCAAAAUUUACAAGCAACCGGGCAACUUGAGCACAAGGAGUGGUCUCUCCUACAGCCACCCACGCUACAGUUGUUGAAUGGAAUGGUCCCCCUUGGCCGGAGAGCAUCAGACGGAGGAGCCAACAUCCAGCUGCAUGCCCAGCAGCUGCUGAAGCACCCACGGGGACCCUCUCUGCUUGUCACCAUGACACUAGCAGUGCCAGCAGUUACCCCUGUGGACGAGGAGAGCUCAGAUGGGGAGCCAGAUCAGGAAGCUGUGCAGAGCUCUACCUACAAGGACUCCCACACUCCGAGCCUCCUUAUGGAGCGUUUCCUCCUUGUGCGCUGGUUCUCAGAUGGGGCUGUGAGUAUCCAGACCUUCAAAGCUCACCUGGAAAAAAUGGGCAACAGCAGCAGCAUCAAACAGUUGCAGCAGGAGUUUGAGCAGCUGCAGAAGAUGUACGGGGUGCAGAUUGAUGAAAGAAUCCUGGAGAAGACCCAGCAGCAGCAUAUAUUAUACCAGCAGGAGCAGCACCAUCAAAUUCUCCAGCAACAAAUUCAAGACUCUAUCUGUCCUCCUCCGCCAUCUUCACCUCUUCAGGCUGCAAGUGAAAAUCAGCCAGCCCUCACCCAUCAGCUCCAGAGGUUAAGGAUUCAGCCUUCAAGCCCACCCCACCACCCCAACAACCAUCUCUUCAGGCAGCCCAGUAAUAGUCCUCCCGCGAUGAGCAGUGCCAUGAUCCAGCCUCACGGUGCUGCAUCUCCCUCCCAGUUUCAAGGCUUACCGUCCAGCAGUGCAAUCUUCCAGCAGCAGCCUGAGAACUGUUCCUCUCCUCCCAACGUGGCACUAACCUGCUUGGGCAUGCAGCAGCCUGCCCAAUCACAGCAGGUCACCAUCCAAGAGCCUGUUGACAUGCUCAGCGACAUGCCAGGCACGGCUGCAAAAUCCAGUGGGCAGGGCAUCUCCAUCAGCCCCAGUGCCAGUCAGAUGCAGAUGCAGCACCGUACCAACCUGAUGGCCACCUUCAGCUAUGGGCACCGUCCCUUGUCCAAGCAGCUGAGUGCUGACAGUGCAGAGGCUCACAGCUUGAAUGUGAAUCAGUUCUCCCCUGCUAACUACAACCAGGCGCAUUUACACUCCCAUCUGUUCUCAGACCAGUCCUGGGGUUGCCCCAGCACCUACAGCCCUUCAACAGGACUGGGGUUCUCUCCAACCCAAGCCCUGAAAGUCUCUCCACUUGACCGAUUCCCCAGCUUCCUUCCCAGUGCACAUCAGCAGCCGCCACACUAUACUGUAUCAGCACUACAGCAAGCCCUGCUGUCCCUCAUGCCACUAGACUAUACAAGACACCUGCAGGUACCCCACAUCCUUCAAGGACUGCUCUCUCCAUGGCAUUUGCUCACUGGACACUCGGACAUCCUGCUGCCCCCAGCAGAGUUUGCACAGCUCAUUAAAAGGCAGCAACAACGGCAGCAGCAGCAGCAACAGCAAGAAUACCAGGAACUGUUCAGGCACAUGAACCAAGGGGAUGCAGGGAGUCUGGCUCCCAGCCUUGGGGGACAGAGCAGGACAGAGUGCCAGGCUUUAUCUUAUCAAAAUGCUGACUCUUACCACCAUCACACCAGCCCCCAGCAUCUGCUACAAAUCAGGGCACAAGAAUGUAUCUGGCUUCCUCAGCCACCCUGCCCCAUGGUUCAUCAGCCGGCAGUGAUGCAUUCAGGGAGCAUGGAGGAGGACUGCUCGUGUGAGGGGGCCAAGGAUGGCUUCCCAGACAGUAAGAGUGCAAGUACAUUGACCAAAGGUUGCCAUGACAGCCCUCUGCUCUUGAGUACCGGUGGACCUGGGGACCCCGAAUCUUUGCUAGGAACUGUGAGUCACACCCAGGAACUGGGGAUACAUCCCUGUGGACAUCAACCAACUGCUGCAUUCAGUAAAAAUAGGGUGCCCAGCAGAGAGUCUGUCAUAGGGAACUGCAUGGAUACAAGUUCUCCAGGACAAGCAGUGGAGCUGCAGGAUCACAACGGGCUCGGGUACCCAGCACGCCCCUCUGUCCAGGAGCACCACAGGCCCGGGGCCCUCCAGAGACACCACACGAUCCAGAACAGCGACGAUGCUUAUGUACAGCUGGAUAACUUGCCAGGAAUGAGUCUUGUGGCUGGGAAAGCACUUAGUUCUUCCCAGAUGUCAGAUGCAGUUCUCAGCCAGUCUUUGCUCAUGGGCAGCCAGCAGUUUCAGGAUGGGGAAAAUGAGGAAUAUGGGGCAAGCCUGGGAGGUCAUGAGCACCCAGACCUGAGUGAUGGCAGCCGGCACUUAAACUCCUCUUGCUAUCCCUCUACCUGUAUUACAGACAUUCUGCUCAGCUACAACCCCGAAGUCUCCUUCAGCAUGGAGCAGGCAGGCGUGUAACAAGAAACAGAGAGUUGUGUGUACAGCUUGGGAAUGAAAAGGUUGAUUGAAACCCCACAGUAUCUAGCAGCGCUGUGCCAAAUUCCCCUUGUGAUUCUCUCCACCCAGAAUAUCACAGCUCCUCUCCUCACAUUUGGUUCAUCCGUGUGCUGGUCCUUUGGGUUCUGAGAUGGUUUUGCCAUGUUUGCUUGUAUGACCAAGUCGCCAAGGAAAUAAACUGGAAAUCCAUGU